AGCGUUUCACACAUUUAGUUAACUUUAGUUUUAGUGAUCAUUAAUUACUAAAUGACUUGUAUUUUAUUAAUUAAUUCAUUGUUAUAAUAGACGACCGAAACAUAUGUUUAUUGAAAGUGUUGUUUCAAUGAAUGCAUUGUUGUUAACAAUACGUGGCUUUUAAUCGUCAAAAUCAUUGAUCCUUUCAAUUGUUGUUUCAAUUAUUUGUUUAUAUAAUUAACUGAUUGUCUGUUAAAAUGUUUUCAUUUAAUAAAAAAAUGCGGACAAAUGGCCAGCAAUUGGUCGCCAAAUACUGUGUGAAUCGCCGGCAAAGUCAUGACAUCCGCACCGGUAUAUUGAUGCUGAAUAUGGGCGGACCCGAGACACUGGAUCAGGUCCUACCCUUCCUCACCAGACUCUUCACCGACAAAGACAUCAUACCAUUGCCGGCGCAAAGCAAAUUGGGUCCAUUGAUAGCUCGCCGAAGAGCGCCGAUAGUGAGGGAACGGUACGCACAGAUCGGCGGCGGAUCACCCAUUAGAGAGUGGACCACAAAACAGGGAACACUACUGACACAGAUGUUGGACCAAAUUAGUCCCAAAUCAGGUCCGCAUAAGUUUUAUUUGGGUUUUCGUUACGCAAACCCAUUGACCGAAGACGCCAUCGAAACGAUGGAAAGAGAUGGAGUGAAGAAUGCGAUCGCUUUCUCCCAAUACGCGCAGUACUCUUGCAGUACAUCCGGCAGUAGUAUUAAUGCCAUCGCCAGACACUAUAUCAACACUAUUGGCGCCGACAAAGCGCCCAAAAUGAACUGGACUUUCAUAGAUCGGUGGCCCAUAAACGCCGGACUCAUCGAAGCGUUUGUCGAUUUGAUCCAAAAAGAGAUCGAUUCGUUUCCAGAGUCUAAACGCGAUGAGAUUGUGCUCUUGUUCUCCGCCCACGCCCUCCCUCUUCGUGCGGUGAAUAAAGGCGACUCAUACCCGACCGAAGUGAGCGCAACGGUUCACAAAGUGAUGGAAUCUCUUCAAUUUAAAUACCCGUACCGAUUGGUCUGGCAGUCAAAAGUGGGUCCCAUGUCAUGGCUCGCACCCCAAACCGAUGAUGCGCUCAAGGGUUUUAGUGAAAAGGGUUACAAGAAUUUUAUACUAAUUCCGAUCUCGUUUGUGAACGAACACAUCGAAACACUUCACGAAUUGGACAUUGAAUACGGACACGAUUUGGCCAAAGAGGUGAAACAUUCAUUUUUUAUGCCAAUUCUGUGUUGA